AUGGCCCCCUCCACCAUGUCUGUCUGCUCUGACGCCUGCACCAACUCCUCCUGGCAGGUGGACGACUGCCCAGAGAGCUGCUGUGAGCCUACCUGCUGUGCCCCCAGCUGCUGCCAGCCCAGCUGUUGCCAAUCCAGCUGCUGUGUGCCCAGCUGCUGCAUGUCCAGCUGCUGUGUGCCCAGCUGCUGCCAAUCCAGCUCCUGUGCCCCCAGCUGCUGCACACCCUCAUGCUGCCAACAGUCUAGCUGCCAGCCAGCUUGCUGCACCUGCUCCCCCUGCCAGCCAUCCUGCUCUAUGACCCUUUGCUGCAAGCCUGUCUGCUGCACACCCAUCUGCUCUGGAUCCCCAUGCUGCCAGCAGUCUAGCUGCCAGCCCUCAUGCUGUCAAUCCUCCUGCUGUGUGCCUGUCUGCUGCAAGCCUGUCUGCUGCAAGCCUGUCUGCUGCAAGCCUGUCUGCUGCACACCCAUCUGCUCUGGAUCCUCAUGCUGCCAGCAGUCUAGCUGCCAGCCCUCAUGCUGUCAAUCCUCCUGCUGUGUGCCUGUCUGCUGCAAGCCCUGCUCCAGCGUGUCCCUGCUCUGCCGCCCUGUGUGCAGACCUGCCUGCUGUGUGCCCACCUCCUCCUGCUGUGCCUCCUCCUGCCAGCCCAGCUGCUGCAAGCCCUGCUCCAGCAUGUCCCUGCUCUGCCGCCCUGCCUGCUCCCGCCAGGCCUGCUGUGGUCUCUGCUCAGGCCCGAAGUCCAGCUGCUGCUGA